AUGCAAGAAGCAGAGGAACAGCCCGAAGGUAAAUCCGAUGCUUUGACUCAGUUGUCACUAGAGCGCUGUGCUGUCGGGAGGACGCUCGUGCGCUCUUGUAUAUAGUAUUGUGUGAGUCUUAUCGUAUUUGUCACUCUUGUGACCCGGAGCCCAAUGCUUUCUAUUUGUUUUGUGCUGCGAGCAUCUUUUAUUAUUAUUAUUAUUAUUAUUAUUAUUAUUAUUAUUAUUAUUAUUAUUAUUAUUAUUAUUAUUAUUAUUAUUUUAUUUUCAUUUUUUUUAAUAAGCAGUGGAUAUCACUGAUGUCUCGGUACUAGAUUAGAAUAAUCAGCUGAAAGGUAGUCCUGGAGAAAAGGUAGGUUUAUUUGUGGAUUGAUUUGAUGGAAGUUUGGACUAUGAUCAUAUUAAGUCUAGUCUAGGUGAGAGGAAGCAGUGAAAUUAUUUAGAUUCAAAUAAUUAAAUUGUAUUUGUCUGACUCAGUUUUGCAUCAACAGUUGUGCCUGCAACAGAUGUUGGAUUAAUUACUUAAUUUGUUGUAACAGUGGAUUAUGUAAUCCAUUUCACAGUAUUACAUUAGGUCAUCACCAGAAAUAAAUAAUUAUUUUAAUUAUAAAACAUUUCCCUUUUCCCUUUUAUGUAGCAUCCAUAUGGUUGACUAGGCUCUUACAAUGAGCAGCCUUCCCUUGUGUCCUCUGUGUUUUCAUUAGUUGUCAAGGGAAUGCUCCCUGGUAAGCUUAGCCCCCUCAUCAAACACUAACAACAUCACUAUCCUGUCCAAGGAUGUCAUUGCUUUGAUUACAGCUUGCCAUUCUAAUCAGCUCACUGCAACAUUCAUGUUUGCCAAUAUAAAUGAAAUGUAGUGGUUUUCUGAGACAAAAAAAAACAUAUUUUAGAAUAUGAAAAGAAAAGAUGCACCACUAACUAGGCAUACAUACUAAAUAAAGCCAAUUGGCUUCACUUGUAGUGUCUCCCUGUGAUCUGCAUGAAAUACAUGCAGCGUUAAAAGGUUUAUUUCAAUAUUGAAGUGUCGCAUGGCGACUUGUUGGUUGAAUACAUGGCUAGAGGAAUGUUCUGCAGGUUUGGGGCUCUGAAAGUCACUGCACAGUCACAGAGACUGGUGAGGGCACCUUCACUGAGUUUCAAAUACAGUUUGUAUUUCAUGCCUUUCUCUCUCACUCCCCCCCCCCCCCUCCCCUUUCUGUCUUUCCUCAGGGGCACAGUAUGCCAGCAGCACCAGAGCCCAUCCCUCUGGUGACACGCCGGCCCUCAGGUCAGAAAACCCCUCCCACCCGCAGCCCGAAUCCUGCCCCCGGACUGGCACAAUCUCCUGGCAGGGCGCGAUCCAUGCUGCUCGUAACGCCCAGGGCAACGCCCCCCAGAGCAUGAGCACCUGCCCCUCUGUCCCUGGGGCCACGCCUGCCCCGGUGGGCUCACUGUCACAGAGGAAGAGGCAGCAGUAUGCCAAGAGCAAGAAGCAGGGCGGCUCCACCAAUAGCAGACCGCCCAGGGCCCUGUUCUGCCUCACCCUCAACAACCCCAUCCGCAGAGCCUGCAUCAGCCUGGUGGAGUGGAAGUAUCCUUUCUGGGGCUCUCAAUGGAGAUAUACAGGGACUCUCUGUCUCUCCACAUGGGACCAUGGAAAACACCUGUGGCUUUUGGUCUAUUCGUUUGACAGGCGAAAGCAGUCCAUGGUAGCCAUGAUGGCAAGUGUCAUUCUCUGAUAGUUAGCAUCCCUCCCAAGCACUAAACAAACAAGCAGCAACAAAAUCAUUUAUUCUGCAGUCUCUAUAGUGAUCAUGUAGCCUUGCCAUUGUCUGAGUCUUUUCUCUUCUAAGCUGAAAACACUCCCAGACCAGACCUCGGUUGGAGACAGUCUAGAGAGUUCAUUUGAGUGUAGUGCUGAAUGCAGACAUCACAGACAGUGUGUUUCUAAAGAUGGCACAUUAAGACAAUCCUAUGAUAAGGAGUAAGCUCUCCGUCAUCUAUCAAACUGAUGAUGUCGCUGUAUUUGAAAAUGUUUGCUUUAAGCAUUGUUCUUUUUACUUAAGCAUCUACCUUUACAUGACUGCAAUGUGCUCUCUCUGUUGACGCUCAUGUAUUGACUGUGUGCUUUGAUCAUUGUCCCUUAACUGUGUGCCUCAGACCCUUUGAUAUCUUUAUACUGCUCUCUAUUUUUGCCAACUGUGUGGCCUUAGCUGUUUACAUCCCCUUCCCAGAGGACGACUCCAACUCCACCAACCACGACCUG